UACAGGGUACACCAUUAGAUAUGUUCUCCAGACUGAGGAGUCUCCUUAGGAGAGAGAAUGUAGUACAUCCAGAGACCAGAGAGAGGCGGAAAGAAGCUGGCAUUCAGCCUCAGCGUACAACAGGAUUAAGAAAAUGGUUCUGUCGGAGGCAAAAGACUGCAAUGGAGCCAUCAUCCCACCCAACCCUCCGCACCAAGAAGGAGGUGAAGAAAGAAAUAGAGAGGCUGACCACGGCGCUGCAGCUUGCGACAGCCCAAAGGAAUCAGCUGCGAGAUCGUCUGCUCUUCAUCACGGAAGGGACCGUAGAUAAUAGGCCCUACCACCAGCCAAAUCCUUUCUAUGAAAAACUGAGGAUGGAGCAUAAACGAGUCAUGAAGGAACUGAACACCUUGCAGAAUGAGAACACCGAGGCUUCAAAGAAGUUCAGUGAGCAGACCAAGGAGACACUCUUCUAUCGUGGUCUGCACAGCCGGCUCCUGAUGGAACAGACUCAGCUGGAGAAGAAGGUGGGCAUGCUGAGGCAGGAGAAAAUGAAACUGCUGGAGGAUUGGGUCCUGCUGAAGCACCAUUCAAAGGAGUUGAGAGUGAUCUGUGAGGACCAAGAGGAGAAAACCAGUGACCUCAAGACCCAGCAACGACAGGAGCUUCAAAGAUUGGAGGAAAGAGUUCAGUUGCUGCUGAAGCAGAAGGAUAUGGUCACUCAGGAAAAGGACUUGGCCAAAAAGCUGCAGCAUCACUUUGAAAGUUCCCAGAUGAGGUUCAGAAAGCUCCAGCUGGAACAGGCCACAGCCCAGGGUGAGAGCCCCUUACAGGGGGAGGCUCUACAGCAAGAGCCACCUGCUGAGACCCAUUCCCAGCAACCGCUGAAAUCUGGGGAUGAAGUUUCUUCUUCAGAUUUGGUUUCCACUGUGGAAUAGGCCUUGACUGUGCCUAGCCAGUGACCCCACCAUGGCUACUUCUGGGUCUCGACUCUCUUUCCUUCUUGACAACACCUUUUGUGAGAACUGAGGAAGACAAAGGAAGCCACAGACAACUAGAGAGCAUGGCAUUCACCACCCUUGGAUCUAGGCCUCCUCAGAAAAUGACACCUCUUUGUAGCUGUGAACUCAGAAGGAGGAAAAUCCCUUACCCUUGGGGAGAACAUGGCAUAGAAAGCCCCAAAGAGGAAUGGCUAUACUCCUCUUGAAAAUGCUGUUAUAAUUGGUGACUGUCUUCCUAGCAUGUCUUCAAGGCCAGCCACAGGUUGUAGAUCUGUGCUAUUCAAUCUGCAGUGACAGAAUGCUGCUUAUCUUAAUUUUUCUUUGAUUUUUGGUUUAGGAUUUGGGGUUUUUUUGUUGCUUCGGUUUGGGUUUUAUUAAUUUGAUGUUAUUUGUUCUUGUUAUUUUUCAUAAUUUGCUAAGGCUAUUUACUGUUUAUAUUGACUGCCCUUUUAGAGCCCCUUUUGAGAAAAAAUGUAAUUUUUUGAAUAAAAAAAAGCCAUUUUCAACUCUU